AUGGGCUUCACUAAUGCCUUGCAAAGAUAUACCUGCAGUCUCCCUUUCCCCAAGCAUCCUCCGGGCCCAUGUUCAUCAUCUUCCUCCUCUCCUCCCGCUUCCCCAUCCUGCGAUACCCAGCACGACGCGCUGAACCACACGCCAUCGGAGGAAGACCUGAUCCCGGCAUACUCGCUGCAAACACGCUAUGCGGUAGCGCCAUUCCAGUACCUCGAUUCAGACGUGUACCCGCCCUCGAGCCAGAUUGUGUGCCACUCGCCGCUCGACAAGCGGUACCGGAAGAAGAAAAAUCGCAGAAGCACAAUGAGGAGCUGGGAGAGAGCUGCGUCGACUUCGGCAACGUCUAAGAGCGUGAGCGAGAAUGCCGGUGAAAAAGCAGCGCCGUCGUCGUCGUCGAAAUCAUCGAAGAUUUUGUUUUCUAGCUCCGGAUAUGCUGAGGUCCAGGUUGGGAAGGGUGAUACACACUACAAAAUCUGCGCCAAUCCCACUGGCAACCCAAGCUCCUCCGUCUUCGCACUCAGCACCUUGAACACGGGCGCUCGACUCCCGCCACUACCUCUCCAGACGGUCUCGACCACCUUUGCAAACGACGACCUGCCCGCGCUGUUGACGGCGAAAUACACAAUCUGCUCGACGCCAUUGCUGUACACGACAAAGCUCUGGAUACUCAGCGUGGUCUUCUCGCCUGUCCAGUCCGUCUCGGUGAAGAGGGGCGACUGCGCCGAGGAGAUGAGGGUGCCGGUGGGCACAGCGAGGUUGGGAGAUGUGCAGCAGCUACGGCUAAGCACCCAUUGUUUUGCUGACGAAGGAUCCGAACUGCAAGACCUCGCAGCGCUAUUUUGCUACAUCAAUAUACAACCAAUAGUCCGCAUCCUAAACAGGAAUUUCUAUGACUUGUUCCAUGUCCAAAUCGAACGGCACCGCGUACUAUGCUUCGAAACCGCCGAGCCCGUUAAAUAA